UUUGGCUGUGCUGGAAAAGCAAACCAUCUUAGGCGCAUGUGGGAAGCAUAGUUGUUGGUCUGAUGCGGGAUCUCCGAAAUUAAGCUGGGCCAGACAUUUCUCAAUAGGCCUUCAAGCUGACCGAUUUGAGGAAUCCACCACUCAUCUAUCUACAAUAAGUACGUCGCAAUCUAGACGAUUUCUCUAUUCAUUAAUAUAUUGACGGCUAAAUCCCAUGCGCCUCGAGGGAAUAAGUAUAUGAUAUCACCACAUUCCUCCUGCCAUCCCGCUCCCCCGCAAUCCUGACUCUUCCCCGCCAUAACCUCAUAACCCUAUGCCCUCACGCUGAACCUCACGAUGUCCUCCCCAGGAUCACAGAAGGAGAAGUCCUUGAAGAAUACAAAAGCGGCUCCACGGAUCUCAAACCCACGCCGUCUCUUAAUCCUAACCCCAGCUCCGCACUCCCACAACGUUGUUCCUCCAUUUCUUCACAGCCUAACUGGAGUCCCGGUCACAAAUGCGCCUCAAGCUACAAACGACGCGCAGUCAGAUGGAAAAGCAGAACCCUUCACACCGAGUAGUGCAGAAGACGACGUCGUCGUAAGCUCUACAUUUGCUGGAUACACCACACAUUCGCCACUACGAAUAGAGACCAAAUAUUACACGGCGGAUAUACCGAUAUGGGUCGACGAGCUUCCUUUCCUUUAUAAUAAUAGUGCAUCCGCACCUUCAUUAACGCAAGUCCAACCAAACGAAACUGGAUGUAUAGACGCGGGUUCUCAGCUACCCCUACACAAUAACCUCGCCGCCUGGGGAUCAGAAUUCCUUUCCGAUGAAGCUCGGGAAGUGCGAGAUGUCAUUGGUGCCAUUGUCGUCUGCAUAGAGAGGCCGACCAUAGCGCCAUCGGUCUCAUUUCCCAGUGAUGAUGACCCGGACAUGUCAGGGGACAGGGAACAUAGAAUGGGGAUUGCGCAAGGCAUAAAGGAACUUGUGAGUACGGUUGCGGAGGUUAGGAAUCGAAUUGAGGAGGAGCGCGGUGGGUUGGGCGAGGUUCCGGGGUUGGUUAUAUUAGUGGGGAAGGAUGAAGGGGAGAAGAAAGCGGAGAAUGUGAAGGGGAAGAGAAAUGGUUUGGGAGGACUAGAGGACAGCGGUGAUGAUGAAGUGGAACAGAUUUUGGAGUUUAGUACUAGGUGGUGGGAAGACGAAUUAUCUGAGAUGGGACAUUUCGAAUUGGAGGUUGUAGCGUGGGAUCCUCAGGAUGAGGGAAAUGGGGAUGAAAGGAAUAAUUUUGGAGAACUCCAGGGCAUGCCACGGAUAAGGGAAGUCCUGCGGACGAACGAGUGGACCUCAUGUAGCCAAGGGGAUCUAUCAACAGACUUCCUUCUCGACUCUGAUGGAGAAACUGGCUUCGACAAGGAAGCUAGUGAGCUCGAGCGCGAAAUGUUUGAUCUUCGACUGGCGAUUGAAAAAGGGGGGGAUGAGCUUGGUACCGGCGAACCAGGGCCAAAAAAUGAAGACGAGGAGGAUGAACUUCAGGUUGAAAGGAUGGAUGGAUUAAUGUUGAGAAUGCAGGCUAUUAAAGAUAUGGCUGCGGAAUUGCCUGAGGCAGAGCGCAAGGCGUUUGCGGUUAAGGCGAUUAAUGAUAUCAUGAAGGAUAUUUAAAUAUUUACGAAUGGAGUAAUGAACAGUGUCAAACAUACCCGCUUUUCAAGAAAGCUUCUAAUAAUACAGCCAAAACGACAUAAGUCUCCGAUCAACUCCAGGUAAAUCGCAUUGCUAUACAUAUUCCAACCCGUUUUACGCCAAUUCCGCCAUCUAUUCAGUCUUGCUAUUAAUCAGUCAGCCUUCUUGGAGGCUUUAAAUACCUUUCUCCUUUGAGACAUCAUAUGCGUAUACAGAAUGAAUGAGCCUAUCAUGAAGACAAGUGUUAGCGAUCACGAUCCCAACACAAGCAAAAUAACAUGUAAUGUUGAAAGAAAACAAAAUCGAAUAAAGAAGAGGGGAAAUCGAUUAGAGGGGAGAAACUUACCAGGCACGUAGAUAACCAGUAUCAAA